UAUGUUGGUCAAGGCAACCAGCAGGAAUUCAACAAAUAUAGAAAAUUAGGUCUGAAAAAUGUCAAUAUCUAAAACAGAUAGUUGAUAUUAAACUUGGGGAAAGGGAGUUUGCACCUUUUAUUAUUAUGGGGAUGCCAGUAGAUUAUAAAAGUAAUCUAAAGAGUAGAAAUGUUUCACAAAGUUCAAGUGGUGCUGACACUGUCUAUGUGUUUAUGGACAUAGAGAUAGACCGUGGCUGCCAGGCAGCUGUAUGCACAUCUAUUGGGAAAGAAGACAUACAACUAUAUAAAUACAACGAAGUUCCAGAAUUUCUGCAAGGAAAUCCAUAUGUCAGGGAUGGGUACAGAGCAUUUCUCUCAUCCAAUGCCUGUAUAAAAAGUUUAUUUGUUUGGAAUAAUGAAACCAUCAAUAUCUGGUCACACCUCAUUGGAUUUGUGAUAUUUUGUUUGUGCACUCUGGUGGACAACAUUGUCAUGAUACCUCAUUACAGUGGAGGCUUCUCUGAUCAUCUCAUUGUUACUGCAGGUCUUUUGUGUUAUCAGUUUUGUAUGCUGUGCUCUGCUGGGUACCAUAUCUUCAACUGCCAUUCAGAGAGAGCCAGUAAACGCUGGUUAAUGACAGACCUGGCUGGGAUCUCUGUGGGGCUGAUUGGCUGCUACUUACCUGCAGUGCACUAUGCUUUUUACUGUCUGUCUAUAUGGCGAGACAUUUACCUUUUUACAGUGGCAAUCUUAUCAGCAGCAGUAUUAUUUACACAGCUUCACCCUCGCUCAUUCUCUCCACACUGGUGGACAAAAAGGUUAAUAUUGUACUGUUGUCUAGCUGCUUAUGGAAUUAUUCCUACCAUCCACUGGAUAUACCUGAGUGGUGGAUGGGAAGAAGAGAUGGUUCAGAUGUUUAUACCAAAAGUGGUAAUUAUGUACUUUUUUGGAAUGUCGGCACUCGGCUUUUACUUGACAAAGUUUCCUGAAAGAUAUUUUCCAGGUAAAGUUGAUUACAUCGGCUCCAGUCAUCAGUGGUGGCAUGUUAUUGUAGUAGCAGCUUUCUUUUAUUGGCAUGCUGCCGGGAGCGAGAUCUUUAUAUACAGGAUACAGCAUGCUCCUCAUAUGUGCAGUUAACCAAUAUUAUCAGCUUUGAACUGUGAUAAAAUAACAAGAAACACAGGUUUAAGCAUUGGUUUGCAUAUGUUAAAGUAAAGAAUGUGAGUGUUAUAAUUUGAAUAGUAGAAAAAUACCACUCCUAUGAAACCUUUGCAAAUGACUGGCGAACUGUACCAUUGUUAUUAGACAGCAUUAUAAAACUUGACUUAUUUCAGUUUUACAUUUUUGAAUAAGUAGAAGUCAACAAAAUUGAAAUUUGUGUAAUAUGUUUCUCAAUUGAAUGUUCAAUGAAUAAUUUUAUGAGAGCUAGUCACAUAUUAGAGCUAAUGUUGACAUUUUAUGAUUUUCUUAGUUUUCAAAUGCUUAUCCAUCUCUCAUUAGAUAGACUUCCUGUUAGACUGGUUUCUAACAGUUUUGCUCCUGACCAAAACACUAAUUUACAUUCCCAAUCACUGUUAAGACAACAGAUAUUAGCUGUUGGUUGUUUAAACUCAGGUUUUGUGAUUAUCACAUUUUUUGUAUUACCAUUAUACAAGUUUUUGAUUUGUUUUUAAAACAUUUGUUUGAGAACAGGUGCUGUUUGUAUCUGCAUCCAUUAUGCAGUCAUUUAUAUAGUGUUAAUGAGAUUAUCGAAUGAUUAUUAAGCCUACUGAAUUUUUUUUUAAUGUAGCAUUGUACCUGAAAUAACAUGAAUAAUCAAAAUAUAAUUGUAGGCAUUUUGUGUCCAAACAUGUUUUAGCAUUAUCAUAUAAAAUAAAUUCUU